AAGAGACAGAGGAGGAGAGAGGAGGAGAGAGGAGGAUGAGAGACAGCAGCUCUGCAGCUCCCCGCCUCCCUCUGCAACGGCUGUUGGCUCCACUCUCUCUGAGAGCCCGUUAUCUUCCCUCUGCGUGAGUCAUGGAAGUGAUUUAGGUGAGUGGAGUGGCGGGGGGGGACACACGCAACAGAUCUGCGCCGUGGCCAGGCUGUCUCACUUCACGAUUAGAGACGUCCAUGCCAAUCGACGGAGCGAAGAGAGGAAACCUCACGAGCAACCUUCGACGUGACGGCAUCAGCAGGCAGCGAGAGGCGUGAUCAUGAGGCUGAUAUGGAAGUCCGUGGACAAGAUGAGGUGUUUCAGGAAGCGAUCCAUGUUACCCUUCCUUGGUUUCCUCAUCACCUUCCUGCUCUUUUUCAACCUUUACAUGGAUGGCGGAUAUGUACUGGAGGCCGAAAAAAGACGACUGGGAGAGACACUGAUGCAUCCUGCCAACACUGAACGAUACGUCCACACGUUCACAGACUUGUCCAACUUCUCUGGGACCAUUAACGUGACGUAUCGCUAUCUUGCAGGAAUUCCUCUUCCGCGCAAAAAGUAUCUCACCAUUGGUUUGUCAUCUGUCAAGAGGAAAAAGGGGAACUACCUUCUGGAGACCAUCAAAUCCAUCUUCGACCAGUCCAGUUACGAGGAACUGAAAGAGAUUGUGGUUGUGGUCCACCUGGCGGACUUUGACCUGGCCUGGUGCGAGAACCUGGUGCAGGAGAUCACCAGGAAGUUUGCUCACCACAUCAUAUCCGGACGCCUCCUGGUGAUCCAGGCCCCAGAGGAGUAUUACCCGUCCCUGGAUGGGUUGAAGAGGAACUACAACGACCCGGAGGACCGGGUCCGCUUCCGCUCCAAGCAGAACGUCGACUACGCUUUUCUCCUCAACUUCUGCACGAACCUCUCCCACUUCUACGUGAUGCUGGAGGACGACGUGCGCUGCUCCAGGAACUUCCUGACGGCGCUGAAGAAGGUGAUCACGUCCAGAGAAGGCUCCUACUGGGUAAUGCUGGAGUUCUCCAAGCUGGGCUACAUCGGGAAGCUGUACCACUCCCGAGACCUGCCACGUCUGGCCCAUUUCCUCCUCAUGUUCUACCAGGAAAUGCCCUGCGACUGGCUGCUCAUCCACUUCAGGGGGCUGCUCGCGCAGAAGGAUGUGAUCCGCUUCAAGCCCUCCCUUUUCCAGCACAUGGGCUACUACUCCUCCUACAAGGGAGCGGAGAACAAACUGAAGGACGACGACUUCGAGGAAGACUCCAUAGACAUUCCUGACAACCCGCCCGCCAGCCUGUACACGAACAUCAACGUCUUCGAAAACUACGACGCCACCAAGGCCUACAGUAAUAUCGUUGAUGAAUAUUUCUGGGGGAAACCUCCCUGCACUGGAGAUUUCUUUGUCAUAAUCUUCAAUAAAUCAACUAAGAUAAGCAGAAUUAAAAUCGUAACGGGCACAGAGGAUCGGCAGAAUGACAUUCUUCAUCAUGGAGCGCUGGAAGUGGGACAGAGGUCUGUUGAGACUAAACAGGGAAGACAGUGUACUUCCUACAUCACAUUAGGGGAGUUCAAAGGCGGAAACAUUGAGGUUAACAAUGUGGACCACAAGAUCGGCUUUGACAUCGAGUGUGUACGAAUAGUCGUUACUGCCAAUCAAAAAGAAUGGCUCAUCAUAAGAACUAUCAGUUUAUGGACCACGCAGCCCGUGAGUCAGUUGAGGAAGUAACAGAGGGUGCUUAUUAAUUAUCAUCUGUGUGUGCAGUGUUAUUGAUGGAUGCAGUUGAACUAAAAGUUCAUUUUGGACCACUGCUGUUUACUGAAUUCAAAACAAUCCAUAUUUUCUUGGGUUGUUCAUUGAUCUACUGUAUGUUUUCAAUGGGUGGUAUUCAAAUGACCAAUAUGUACAAUGUGGAGCCUUUAUACUUGUGUUAAUUUUCAAAAGAAAUCUGUAUAUAAAAUUGUUCAUACCUG